GGGACGAGCGCCGCAGCCUGGGCCAUGGGUGAGCACCCCAGCCCCGGCCCCGCAGUGGCCGCUUGCGCCGAGGCGGAGCGCAUCGAGGAGCUGGAGCCCGAGGCCGAGGAGCGGCUGCCCGCCGCGCCAGAAGACCACUGGAAAGUCCUGUUUGAAAAGUGUGACCCCGGGAGCACCGGCUACAUCAGCACGGGAAAAUUCCGGAGCCUGCUGGAGAGCCACAGCUCUAAGCUGGACCCCCACAAAAAGGAGGUGCUGCUAGCUCUCGCGGACAGCCACGCCGACGGGCAGAUCUGCUACCAGGACUUUGUCAACCUGAUGAGCAACAAGCGGUCCAACAGCUUCCGCCAGGCCAUCCUCCAGGGCAACCGCAGGCUGAGCAGCAAGGCCCUGCUGGAGGAGAAGGGGCUGAGCCUCUCCCAGCGGCUCAUCCGCCACGUGGCCUACGAGACCCUGCCCCGGGAGAUUGACCGCAAGUGGUACUACGACAGCUACACCUGCUGCCCUCCGCCCUGGUUCAUGAUCACAGUCACCCUGCUGGAGGUUGCCCUGUUCCUGUACAACGGGGUCCUCCUGGAUCAGUUUGUGCUGCAGGUGACGCAUCCCCGGUACCUGAAGAACUCUCUGGUUUACCACCCGCAGCUCCGCGCACAGGCUUGGCGCUAUGUGACAUACAUCUUCAUGCAUGCAGGGGUCGAACACCUAGGACUCAACGUGGUGCUGCAGCUGCUGGUAGGCGUGCCCCUGGAGAUGGUGCAUGGAGCCACCCGAAUUGGGCUUGUUUACGUGGCCGGCGUUGUGGCAGGCUCCUUGGCUGUGUCUGUGGCUGACAUGACCGCACCUGUUGUGGGCUCUUCCGGAGGGGUGUAUGCGCUCGUCUCUGCCCACCUAGCCAACAUUGUCAUGAACUGGUCAGGCAUGAAGUGCCAGUUUAAGCUGCUUCGGAUGGCUGUGGCCUUGAUCUGUAUGAGUAUGGAGUUCGGUAGGGCUGUGUGGCUCCGCUUUCAUCCAUCGGCUUAUCCCCCGUGCCCCCACCCAAGCUUUGUGGCGCACUUGGGCGGUGUGGCCGUGGGCAUCACCCUGGGUGUGGUGGUUCUAAGGAACUAUGAGCAGAGACUGCAGGACCAGUCACUGUGGUGGAUUUUUGUGACCAUGUACACCAUCUUCGUGCUCUUCGCUGUCUUCUGGAACAUCUUUGCCUACACUCUCCUGGACUUGAAGCUGCCACCGCCCCCUUAAGGGACUGGAGGACCAAGGCGGGGAGGGGAAGAAGCAGAAGCAUCCUGAGGAAGCACCUGCAGUUUCUCAUCGCCAAUUCAGCAAGACCGGGGGCAGAGCAGGAGACUCUGGACCGGGAUAUAUGUGUUCAGUUUACAGGGGUGGGGGAGGGGACGGAUGCAGCUGCUGUCAUCUUCCGAGGCUGAUCCGAUGAUGCGGGGUCAGGGGGAAGGUCUGGGGAGGGUGAGAGGAGCUGUCCCAUGUGCUCCCCUCUCACUGCCACAGAGUGAGCACGUAGCCUUCUUCCUGGUUUUCCACCUGGAGAGACGCUGGCAUAUGGAGAAGUUCUGAGGGCAGCCACAGCCAGGCAGGGCUCCCCCAGCCCAGAGGUGACUGACUGUAGGCUAGAUCAUGUUCUCUCUGCCGUUCAAGGUCUGGUGCUCUGGCGGUAGACAUGUUGGCUUUGAUCUGGGGGAGCCCAGAGCACCCCAGGCUCAGAUCCUAUCAAUGGGUACAGUAGCAUGGCCCCUAGGACUGGGCAGGGCAGGAAGAUGCUAUAUUCUUGCCCUGGGGGAUCUGUGUGAGGGCCCCAUGCCUGAGACAAAGAACUUCAUUCCACGUUCCCCUUGGGAAAGGUCCAGGACCAAUCUUCCCUCUUCCUGCCUGGAGUUGUGAAUGCUGGCAUCUCAUACCAUCACCCCUACAUCCAUGCCCUACCUGGACUUUGGGGUCUUUUCUUUCCUCUCUACUGCCCAGACCCUACUUUGUGCCUCUCUUUUGGGUGUGGAGACAGGGUUUUGGGGUGUGUGUGUGUAUGUGUGUGUGUGUGUGUGUAUGUGUACGAGUGCGUGUGUACUGUCAGGCAUGUCAGAACCUGCAGAGGGAGGAAGUGGGGACAAUGUACACAUGAGGGUGUCUGUAAGGGAUCGCUGGAAUGAUGAAUGUCAUCAGUGUGCUGCAGCGUGCUUGCUCAGUAGCCUUGCUUUUAGCAUAACCGACUCCCCUCUUUCCCAUCUGGCCCUCCCAAACACCUCCUGAGCAUCAUCGACCAGCAGAAAAAUUGUCUGUGUUAGAAGGAAGACCAGAGCCCCACCAGGGCCUUUGGGAGGGAAUGCCCAGCUGUGUUCUGGUUCCCUCUGGGGUAGCCUUCAUGUCUGUUCCGCCUCCUGUAGGAGAGAGUCUUUGGGAUGAAAGAAAGCCCGGGACAGUGAUGCUAUGGCCAUCUCUCCAAGGAAGCUGUAGAAAAAGGUAUUUUGGUGAAAAACUUUGCCCCAGAGAAGAGCUGCUGGGAGCUUGGGUGAGCGUCCAGGGUGAGAGUAGCUGUAGACUGAGAUGGUUAGAUCUGGAAGGGGGUUGGAAGUGAGGUUGAGGGAAUGGUCUUGUGCUGCCCAUUCCCGGCAGCCUCAGCUGCCAGAGCAGGAGUUUGGCAAGGCACCCAGUGCCUGUGCCCCUCCUAGACAAUCUACUCAGGCUGGCACUAGCAGCUGCUGGGAUCCCCAAGCGGAGGCUGGGAGGCCAGUGACCUUUAUAUUGGCGUUGGGACUCACAGCCCCUGAGGGUCCAGCAUGAGGAACCACGGCCUGGGAAGGCCUGGAAAGUGAGGGGCCGAGCACACAGGAGCAAGAGCAGGAGGGUGGGCGCUGCUCCUGGGUCCCCUCCCGUUCCAGCAACAGUUCCCACCUGGUCUCCACUCUCCUGAGUCCCUCACCCCUUCCUCUCCAGUGUGGCCGCCAGUCAGGGCUGGGAUUCGGGGGGCAGUACCACUCUUCAUGCUGGUGGCUGUAGGUUGGCCUGGGGAAUCCCCAAACAGCCGCUAUGUUAACCCGCUUGCUUUUAAAGGGGAGAGGAGCCAUGGAAACCAGGGAAGGGAAACCAGGCCUUCAAAAAAGAGUGAUUUCGCUCUAAUGACACCAUUCAUCACUCGUUUUUUAAUUAGGAAAAGCUCCCUAAUGGGGCUCUUUUGACUCUCAAUUUCCAUGUGAGCCAUUCUUGCCUAGAGCAUUAGCGGAGGCAUUGCUCACCGAACCCAGAUCUUCCUCUAGUGUCCAAUUCAGUCUGCAGAUAAUGAGGAUUACCCAGUGCUGUGUGCUUCCCAGGGCGGGCUGCAAAGCGUUGACUCUCCUCUGCCUUAAAAACAGUGCCCGAUGGUGAGCUGCCCCUCCGAGGACUGAGUGAGUGAAAAACAGAACACUAGCCGCAAUGUUGGUUUCUAAAUAUUUUUGUAUUGUGUACAUUCUGUAUAUUUUUGUUGUAACAUAUUAUUUGAGCACAAAUUCCAUUAAAGAUUUUUUUUUUUUUUUAA